AACAUCUUGGCCAAGGCACUGUACGACAACGUGGCAGAGUCCCCAGACGAGCUGUCGUUCCGUAAAGGUGACAUCAUGACGGUGUUGGAGCGCGACACGCAGGGUCUGGACGGCUGGUGGCUCUGCUCGCUCCACGGCCGCCAAGGCAUCGUCCCGGGGAACCGUCUGAAGAUCCUGGUGGGCAUGUACGACAGCAAGCAGCAACAACCGAGCACACCUUCUACGCAGGACGCACCUGCUACCUGUCCCGCCCCCCAGCUGCAGCGACCGCUUCCCGCUCAGAGCGCCUACGCCACACCCACGCCUGCUGGCUCUGCUUCCUCUCCCGGCUUCCCAAACAAGUCCCUACCUUCAGUCCAGUACACGUCCAUGCACCCAGCGUACUCUGCUGCCGGGGCUGCCAAGGCCAGCCCUGACUCUGUUUACAUGAUGCCCCCCUCCCACGGCCCAAAGCUGAGUUCCCAAAGCCUGUAUCAGGUUCCCUCUGGUCCAAGCGGAUCGUCUGUUCAACCCGGACCGCCUAGCAAGGCCCCCAUUCUGGGCCAGAGACAAUUCCAGCCGCCUGGACAUGAUAUCUACCAGGUACCCCCCUCUGCAGGUCCUUCUUUAGGCCAAGCAGCAGCUUCAGGUGGGGGUGCGGCACCUGGCCAGGACGUGUACCAGGUGCCCCCCUCCCUGGAUAAAAGGAACUGGGAGAGCAGUAACAAGUCCCACGGCAAGGUGGUGGUUCCUACUCGAGUUGGACAGGUUUACGUCUACGACACAGGGAAAUCAGAUCUGGAUGAAUACGAUGUCCCACCGAGACAUCAGCCUCCAGCCCAGCAGGACAUAUAUGAUGUCCCUCCAACCCGUCAGCAGUACAGCACUCAGGUGUAUGGCACUCCUCCCAUGGUAGUGAAGGGGCCCUCUAGUGGUCAAGACAUAUAUGAUACCCCAGCCAGCUCAGACAAGAACGCCCAGCAGGCUGUUUAUGACUUCCCCCCAUCGGUGAGUAAAGAUGUUCCUGACUCCCACCCAGUCAGGGAGGAGACCUACGAUGUGCCACCCCACUUCGCGAAGCUGAAGCCCCAACUGGCCGCCCCCUCCGCCCAUUAUCUGCACAACAACGUCAAUGAAGAUGACGACGAGCCUCCAAUUCCGGAGGACGUAUACGAUGUCCCACCGCCUAUCUCUGAGAAGCAUUAUCUCAGAGACAGGGGCGUGGUCCACCAGCCCCCCCAGGAUAUCUACGACAUCCCACCGGCUCUGCGUGCCGGAGACGUCCCGGUCCAAGAUGUUUACAACUUCCCACGAGAGCAGGAGGACCGAGGAGGAGAGAGGGGAGACCAGUAUGUCUACGAUGUCCCCCCACAGGUUGUCCGUGACGCUCAGUCCACCAGUGAGGACUUGAACGUGUCCUUUAAGCGUCUCUCUGCUUCGAGCACAGGAAGCUCACGGAGCAAUCACUCCUCUUCAUCAUUAGACAUGGUCCCGGUCCGCGAUACCCCCUCGUUUGCCGCCCCCAGCUCCGGUUCUGGGAAGCCCCUGAUCUUGGACCUGGAUCAGGCCAUGGAGCGUCUGUCCCACCUGCAGCAGGCCGUCGAGUCCAGCGUCUCCUUCAUGAUGUCCUUCAUCACAGGGAACUGGAGGAGUCCGGCUCAGCUGGAGGGGAACCUCUCUGCCAUCCACCAGGCUGCGGACCGGGUGCGCGCCACUGUCCGGGAUUUCCUGGAGUUCGCGCGCGGCGCCGUGGCCAACGCCGCCCAGGCCACCGACCGCUUGCUGCAGACCAAGCUGGGGCGUCAGGUGGGGAAGAUGGAGGAGGUCUUCCAGAGUUUGAUCAGGCACAGUCAGGGCUUAGACGGCGUGUCGUGGUCCCACACGGCACUCUCCUCACCGACGCCGGGAGGGGACGACUUGGAUCGACUCAUCAUGACGGCAAGAGGCAUCCCCGAUGACGCCAAGCAGCUGGCGUCUUUCCUCCACGGCAACGCCUCGCUGCUGUUCAAACGGACAAGCCGGCAGCCGCAGCAGCAGCAGCAGCUGCCCCUUCCCCCCAUCCCGGGGGACAGCGGCGGUCAGCUGACAGGGUCGGGAAGUGGAACCUACCAGGGAGGAGAGAGAGUCCACAUCCAGUCACGACCCCUCCCCUCUCCGCCCAAGUUUACAGCUGCAGAGGAGGAGGAGGAGGGCGUGCAGCGGCCGUACGAGGCCACAGAGGAAGGCUGGAUGGAGGACUACGACUACGUCCAUCUACAG